CCAACCUAUCAGAGAGCUCGUUAGACAGGAAGGAUGUUUGUACGGUCGCCUGGAGGCGCAGCCAUGUUGGGAACAUUAGAAGGGAACCAACACCACAACCAGAAAGACGGGAACAUCUAGGUUCGGCAGCGGCGUGUCUUAACACCUUAACACCACCACCAUGGCUGACCCGGAAAAACAGCCCGAACAACCAAAGGCUGGCCAGCAGAAGCUGAUCAUCGCUAACAAAGUGACCGGGACUGUGAAGUGGUUCAACGUGAAGAGUGGGUAUGGAUUCAUCAACAGGAAUGACACCAAGGAAGACGUAUUUGUUCAUCAAUCAGCCAUCGUGAAGAACAAUCCGAGAAAGGCUGUACGCAGUGUCGGUGAUGGAGAAGUUGUCGAAUUUGACGUGGUAAUAGGCGAAAAAGGUCACGAAGCGGCCAACGUUACUGGUCCAUCCGGGGAAGCAGUAAAAGGUUCGCCUUAUGCUGCCGAUAAGCGACGCGGAUAUCGCGGAGGUCAUUGGUACAUCAGUCAAAGACGUGGGAACACUCGAACUCAACGCAGACCUAGAGAAGGUCAGGAUGGUUAUGAAACUGGUGAGGGUAAGACCGGGGACGAAGGAAACGUCGGCGAGGGUGGCGGACAACAACGACGUUACAGAGUUCGACGACAGUAUGACGGCUACUAUCGUGGAUCACGCCGUUCUGGUCCGUCCGCGCAACAGCAAGGGGAUAACUCUGGCGAAGGUGGCGAGCAAGGUGGCGAGACUGGCGGUGACGGUGGCGUGCCACGUGGUGGCGGCCGUGGACGCGGAGGACCUUCUCGUCGUUACUUCCGCCGUAAUUUCCGUGGAGGAAGAGGUGGCGGACCUCCGCGUCGUCCUCGUAGCCAGGACGGCCAAGUAAAAUCGGAGCAGAAGUCGGAUGCACCUAAAGAUAAGGAUGCACUUGUCGAUGUCCCUGCUCCACAGGAAAGUCAGCCGGUCCAAAACACCACCACCGAAAGCACCGCUUAACCACAAGAGUAAUGGUACCACUACAACAAAAACACUCCUUUUAAUAUAUAACACCAACACCCGUUAUACACUGAAGCAACAGCAUCGACAACAACCGCAGCAGCAACAAUGUAACAUAACAAUUGAAAAAGUUAAAAAAAAAAAAGCGAAACAAAAAAGCAAGAAAUGAAAAGAAAUUAUGAAAUACUGCUCCACUCUCCCCGGCAGAUAAAGAAGAUUAAAAAGUGUGUGCAAAGCGCUGCCGGAAUUAUUUGAUAUAAUACGCUGAAAAGUCUCGUCGUGAAGAAGAAAGUUUAUCUUGGAUCGACUACGAGCGAACAAACUCUCAAAUUGAACUUAUCGCCAUACGAUGAUUUUUUAUUGUAUGAAAAAUCGAUGGAUUUUCGAGUAAAUGUUUUACUCGUUAAAAUUCUAUAGAUAAAAAAGAAAAAAAAAUGGUCCAAAGAAACGCGAAAUCGAAACUUAACCAAUGCGUAUGAUUCGAUUCCGCGACUCGGAACGAAACGGCGAUAAGUGAUAUAUUUUGGAGUAUUUCGUUGGACGGAGGCGGCGGUGAAGAUGAAAAACGAAAAUUGCGACUACAACGAAUUUCGGUGUAUACAAAGUUUUUAAAAGAGUAAUCUCAAUUGUGAAGGGAAACAACGAAGAGAGAAGAGAAGAAAUACGGUGAUGGGAUAAAAUACGAAUUCGAAUAGUGGUAUUUUUGUUCUUGUUUUUGCGUAUUCAUUGUUCCAUACGUUUUAAUUUUUCUUCAACGAAACGCAUUCGAUCGUUUUACGUAUAUGUAUAUCUUUGAGUUUAACGCGAUGUUCGCGGAGUUUUUCUCUUGUCGUAAUCGGUAAAUGCGCGCGUGAAAUCAUUGGAACAUUGCAACACUACUACGCGCGCUUACCCGUGAUUGUGUCAGCUUAAUCGUUUCAGUUUCUCUCGAAAUUAUUCCGUUCUUUUUUUUUCUUUUUUUUUCUUUUUCUCUCUUUUCCUCUUCUUUCCCUUUAUUUUUUCGUCUUCAUUGAAAUGCAAGGUUCGAUUUCGUUUUGAAAAUCAGUCUUUCGUCGUGUCGCUUUUGUCUCUUCGGUCCUCGUUCGUUCGUGACUUUGCAUCGCAGUAACAAAAAAAAAAAAAAACGAUUCGUUCAAUGAUUAACGACUAAACGCGAUAGCAAAUUAUGCAAAAUUUUUUGUUUGAUUCUAUAUUUAGCGACGUGUUACAAACUGUCGACACUUUCACGAUCGCUUGUACCAAAUAACAUGGUCGAUGCCCCAGGAGGGUAUAACCUUUGAAGCAGAUGAAUGUAUUAUCUGACUUUAAGAAAUUUAACGCGUUGUGAGUUAAUCGGAUUAAUUAUUUCGUAAUUUUUUGAUAAUGAAUCGAUAACGUUCGAUUAUCGUGUAAAAAUUGUCACCGUUACUCGAACGUGUCGAUUCUCCAAAUUUUGAAAAAUGUCCUCUCAAUUGACAAUGCAAACCUGCGGUUUGUCAGUGAGUGAAUGAACGAGUGAAUGAAUGAAUGAAGAAAUGAGAGAGAGAGAGAGAGAGAGAGAGAGCGAGCGAGAGCGAGCGAGAGAGAGAGAGAGGGAGAGAGAAAAAGAAAGUAAGAGAGGACGAAAAAAUUUAUACCAUUUUGCAUGGAAACGGAACAUUUUUUUAAAUUUCAGUUUGUAGUUUUAUCGUCGGAAAAUAAAGUGUACAAUUUUCUUUCCAAGCGUUUUGAAAGUUACACGCGCAGUUUGUUGUGACACAUUUUUCUUUUAUUUCAACAUGUGAACAAGUUAUUUUUUAGUUUCCUUUUUGUUUUAAUUUUUAUUUGUUUUCCUCUUUGACAUCGCAAUCUUAAUUGGUCGCCAUUGUCGUAAUUGUCAUCGCCAUCGUCAUCGCCAACGUCGUAUGGUCACAUUGCGAUUUUCGAAAAAAGAUGAAAAAAAGAUUUACACUCUUCAAAUGUUUUUGCGAUUGAUCUUGGAAUGGCAUAGUUGGGAGAAAUAUCAGAAUAGAGCUGGGGCAAAACAGAAAGAGAGAGAGAGAGAGAAAGAGAGAGUGUGUGUGCGUGUGUAUAUGUUGAAAUAUAGCAUCAAAUAUGAAACAGUAUCGCCUGAUCUCGCGUUCCUCCGCAGUCGAUUGAAAAUAAAAGAAAGUGAGUAUGAGGGAAGAUGGUAGCGUGCCGGUUCAUAAAUAAUUAUACGAGGUUCGUCGUCUCGUAGUUCUUCAACCGGUAUGAAGCCCACGCGUUGCAGCGAGACGCAAAUUAGCGACGAAAAGGAAGAAAGGAUACGGAAAGCGUAAGACGAGAACCGCGAAACACGCGUAAUUUGAACAAAGAACGUUAUAAUUGUACGAGUAAAAAAGAACGAUGCAUGUGUUGAAAGUGAAUAUCGGAAUUAAAAGAAAUAGAAACAGAGAAAAUGUACUAAAAAAAAAAAAAAAAAAAGAAAAAAAAGAAAAAAAAAAGAAAAA